AUGCAGAGGCACGAUGAUGAGGAUGCAAGGAGAGUGGAGCACUGCAACAUGGUUGAAGUGGUUGAUGACUGUGUGAGGGAGGUGGCCCAAGCCAUCUCUCCACAAGACCAAUUGAAGCGAUGCCUAUCGCAAUCUAUCUUUUCUCCUUAUUACACUGAUAUUACUGAGCCUAAUACUGAUUUGUUAAAUUUUGUAGGUGCUCUUAAUUCGGCUGAGGAGGUCCCAAGGUUUCGUCAGAAAUUCUUACCAUUGAGGGAUCCAAAUGAAGAGGAGAAGGAGGAAAAGAAAGAGGAGCUGAAGCCGUUGCCGUCACACCUUAAGUAUGCAUUUCUCGGGGAGAAUGCUACUUAUCUGGUAAUUGUAUCAUCCUCACUCACUACUAAUGAACUUGAUAAAUUGCUGAGAGUGCUUUGGAAGCAUAUGGGUGCAAUUGGGUGGUCCAUCUCGGACCUUAAGGGGAUAAGUCCUACGGUUUGCAUGCAUAGAAUUCUUCUAGAAGAGGGGUAUAAACCCAAAGCCCAAAACCAAAGGAGACCUAAUCCGAUAAUGCAAGAUGUGGUGAGGAAAGAGGUGCUUAAGUGGUUAGAUCCCAGGAUUAUCUAUUAUGCUAUCUCGGAUAGUGAUUGGGUAAGUCCUACCCAAGUGGUAGCUAAGAAGGGGGGAAUGACGGUUGUGAAAGGGGGAGAUGAUGAGAUGAUAGCCACUAGGUUGGUAACCGGGUGGAGGAUCUUAAUUGCCCCAGAGGAUCAAUAUAAAUCUGCGUUUAUUUGUCCUUAUGGUGUGUAUGCUUACAAGAGGAUGUCAUUUGGCCUUUGCAAUGCCCCUGCCACCUUUCAGAGGUGUAUGAUGUCGAUAUUUCACGACAUGGUGGAUGAUAUAAUGGAAGUUUUUAUGGACAACUUCUCCGUCUUUGGUAGCUCCUUUGAUCAUUGUUUAGGGAAUCUAACCCGUGUUUGGCAGAUAUGUGAGGAGACAAACUUGGUGCUCAACUGGGAGAAGUGCCAUUUUAUGGCCUUCGAGACAUUGAAGAAGGCGCUUGUGAGUGCACUCGUGCUCAUCUCAUCGGAUUAG